GCUUGCAAUCACAGCACUCUCUAUGUAUUUGGCAAGUAGCACGCAACUCGGAUUCCCCUAUAGGCCAAAGACCAGCGGACAGCGAGUUGCAUAUCUGCAAGUGCGAAAUAUGUUCUAUGAAUACGAUGGCACUCGGAGUAAAGAUGAGUCUGGCUAUCUGUUUAAUUUUCAAGACCGACGUGAAGAGAAACCUUUCGUGGGUACAAAAGUUAACUUAACUGGCUUGGUUGACAUAAAAUCGCAAUGCGAGACUCACAUGAUGUGUGGCAUGCCACUAUUUGACUAUCGCUACGUCGGGAAUCGACUACAAAGCAAAUGGUUGCCCCGCUCUGAACCUAUUGUACCCCCAGGACUAACCACAUUGAAAGUGCUUAACAAAAGCAUUGUAAACUCAACCACAGUGCGCUUUGAGUUUGAAUUGACGGGUCCCUCGCACAUGAGUCUAUUCAUUCAACCCUAUGAAAACGUAAAUAUGAGCAACUGGUCGUUUUCGCUUACUUAUCUUAACAACCCACCACCGAAGCCGUUAUCAUACCAUGUUUACAUUGGUUUUGGUAUUGAUAGCUCGCCGUUAAAGUUCUGGUUGGAGUUUUCGAAAUGGAAUGGCGAUUUUAAGGUUCCGCUGUUCCAAAUGGGUGUGUCGGGUCAUUAUAUUGGAGAUGAGGGGGACGAACAAAGCCUGAAAUUUAAAUCUUCAUUUCCCUCCUAUUCGAUUGUGGCCACUUGGCCUUCUGUAUACAUGCGCUACAUAUUUUAACUGUCGGAACCAAUCAAGAAAUAAUAUUAAUAUAA